GCUCCUGUUUCUCUCUUUUCUUCGUUACAUAUUCGUGGAAUCACAGUCUGAUUCUUUCGCCACACGAAUAUGUCUUCCCGUGAUAAGAAACCCUCCGGCAGCCGACCCGGCGGCAUCCGAACCCUUUCCGACCUCAAUCGCCCAUCCGCUCCCGACUCCGACAGUGAUUCCGAUCGCCCUCAGGAGUACUACACCGGUGGCGAGAAAAGCGGCAUGCUUGUGCAAGAUCCAUCCCAAGGUCACAAUGAGGUUGAUGCAAUUUUUGAGCAAGCUCGACAAUUGGGUGCAGUACAGGGUCCUGUGGAAAAUUUUCAACCAUCUUCUAGUUCGAGAAGCUUCUCGGGGACUGGAAGGUUGCUUUCAGGUGAAACUGUACAGAAUGCUCCACAGCAGCCAGGAUCUGUUGUGCACAACAUUGUUUUUUGGAGAAAUGGAUUCACUGUUAAUGAUGGCCCUUUGAGGAGGAUGGAUGAUCCUGAGAAUGCUCAGUUUCUUGAGAGCAUCAGAAAGUCUGAGUGUCCUAAAGAGCUGGGACCUCCUGAUCGGAGAUCUCCUGUUCAUGUUAAUCUCAUCAGGAGGGAUGAAAACUUCCCUGAACCCGAUGUUUCUCAAGUUCCAUUUCAAGGAGUGGGAAGAACUCUCGGAAGCAGCUCUACUACCGAAUCAAAUCCUGCUUCUGCUACACUUCUCAGUGCUCCGCCCCCUUCCAGAGGACUUGUGGUGGAUAGCUCACUGCCAUCGACUUCUAUUCAGCUUAGGCUCGCCGAUGGAACCCGAAUGGUUGCACGCUUCAACCACCACCACACAAUCGCUGAUAUCCGCGCCUUCAUUGAUGCGUCCAGGCCCGAGGGAUUGAGGUCGUAUCAACUGCAGACUGUCGGAUUUCCUCCCAAGGUUCUGACUGAUCUCGACCAGACAAUCGAGCAGGCCGGACUUUUGAACUCCGUCGUCAUUCAGAAACACUAAGCAGCUACACAAAUCUCUACUCUCCUUAUGUACUAGACUCCCAUCAUUUUCUUCUUCCAGACAUACUUUUGCUCCUAAAAGAUAAAUGACCUAUUCUUAAUAUUGUGCUGAUAUGUUGUUCUUAGUAUUUGCGUUUCUUCAUGGGCACUCUAUGGGUGAGCCAAAGAUUCUAUUUUUCCUUGUUUAUAUUCAUCACUUUGUUCCUAUUUUAGUUAA